AUGGGAGGAGACGGCGGCACGGAGGAGGAGCUGACGGCACAGGAGACAGCGCUCUAUGACCGCCAGAUCCGCGUCUGGGGCGUUGAUGCUCAGAAGAGGCUAAGUAAAGCACAUGUGCUUGUGUGCGGCGUGAACGGUGUUAGCUCACGAGCUGAGGCUUGCUGCGAGUCCUUGAAAGAUUUCAAUCCAAUGGUCCGAGUUGCUGUCGCAAUAGGUGAUCCAUCACUAAUUGAUGAAGGAUUCGUUGACAGGUUCGACAUCAUUGUAGUUAGCUGUGCAUCUCUUAAAACAAAGUUGUUCCUUAAUGACAACUGUCGGAAGAGAAGCAAGCAUAUUGCCUUUUACUCUGUAGAGUGCAAGGAUUCUUGUGGUGAAAUAUUUGUUGAUUUGCAGAACCAUAGUUAUCUUCAGAAGAAGCCUGGAGGAGAACCUGAACAGCAGGAGUUGACAUAUGCUAGCCUGCAGGAAGCUAUUUCUGUGCCCUGGAAGAAUCUGCCCAAGAAAACAACUAAAUUGUACUACGCCAUGAGAGUCUUGGAAAGUUAUGAAUUAUCUGAAGGGCGCAAUCCUGGUGAGACAGGACUUUCUGAUCUACCUGCAGUUUUGGCUUGGAGGAAGGAUAUGUGUGAUAGAAUGUCUUUAAGUGAGUCUCAAAUUCCUACGGCUCUCCUGGAACGGCUUUUAGCAGCUGGAAAGAAGGAACAUCCUCCUGUAUGUGCAAUCCUUGGUGGCAUUCUUGGUCAGGAGGUGAUUAAGUCAAUAUCUUGUAAGGGCGAUCCGAUCAAGAAUUUCUUUUAUUACGACGCAGCUGAUGGUAAAGGGAUCAUGGAGGACAUCCCCCCAACUCCCGUAGAGCAUUUUGCAUGA